AUGCACCGUCUCGUGCCUCGAUUGCCAUUGCGUGCCCUUCUCCAAUGCCAUCCCCUGUCUCGGAGUCCGCGAUUGUCUGUCCCAUGUGGCCUCAGCGUGACUUUUCCACAAAGUCGCAACUUCGCCAACUCGCCCGCGCUAUACAAGAAGAAAGACAAGGCAGCGAAGAAGAGCCAGACCUCCGACGCGGAGUCCAACGCUGCUACACCUUUGGAGGAUCCCUUUGAUCUGUCCCCUCUCCACUCAGGCAUAUCGACCGCCGUCUCGCGAUUGAAAGAUGACCUGUCAAAGCUUCGUGCAGGCGGGCGAUUCAAUACCACGACUCUUGAGGGCCUGAAGGUUCAGCUGAGCAAGGAUAGCCAUGAUUCUGUCCGAUUGGGAGACUUGGCCCAAGUGGUACCCAAGGGAGGGAGAAUGGUAACCAUCCUGGCGGCCGAAGAAGAGCACAUCAAGCCCGUUACUUCGGCAAUUGUCUCCUCAAAUUUGUCCUUGACUCCCCAGCCCGAUCCUCAUAACGCUCUUCAACUGAAUAUCCCUAUUCCCCCGCCAACCAAGGAGUCCCGGGACAAGAACGUCCAAGCGGCCAAGCAGGCGUUUGAAAAGGCUGCGAGUACCGUCCGGGACUCCCGAGGCGCCAUGCACAAGCGUCUUCAAGACAUGCAGAAAAAGAAGCUCGCCCUUCCCGACGACGUGCGCAAGGCUCAUGAUCAAAUGGAGAAAGCUACGGAGAAGGGCCAAAAAGACGUCAAGGAGCUCUUUGACACAGCCAAAAAGACCUUGGAACAGGCAUAA